AUGCCUUCCUCCUCGAAUGAAGUUGAACGCUGGGACGUUCAGCCCAAAGAUGCAAAGCGUAUGCUUGCGGAAGACGCCUAUGAUGAUUGUCUUUCCUGCCGCAUCACAGGAUCCGCCGCAUUUAUCGGCCUCGGUGUCUACAGCUACUGGACGGGCAUGAGCAACCUCAGAAAGCAAGAGAAGACAAUUAUGCAAAGUGCUACCAAAUACAAGAUGGGAUCUCGGCGUCUCGGCAUUGCUACAAUUUCCGCUACCCUCGUCGGCAUGGGCAUUUGGAGGGCUUUCAAUUGA